GAAGUGGAAGAAUGAGGAUCGAACUUCGUUACAACCGACCCGCUAAAGACGAUGAAAUGUGUCCGUUUGAUAUAUCAAACAUUGAUGUGGACGAUGUGUACAAGCUUCCGAACGAUAUAAACAUUGCCAGGCUUGGGAAUUGUGACGUAUGCGGAAGAUGUGCUGACCCUACAAUUAUUGAUUAUGAUUUGCUGACAACAGAGGCUCCUGUUACAGUUAUUGAUUAUGAUUUGCUGACAACAGAUGCCCCUGUUGAUGUUAAUAUAUCGUCAAGUUUUGGAAGAAAAAAACGGCAAGCUCAAAACGAUCCUGUUAAAAAUAUGAAGUGCAUACGAUUUAGUGUAAGCGCACUUCCAGACAACGAGCAUGGUAUGUCUAUGAUAUAUUUCCACUUGGAAACUGAUGUUACAGUUCUUAAAGAAGAUAUGGAAAAAAUUAUAAAAGAAAACAAAAAUGUAGAUGACUUUGAGAUGCCAACCAACGGAAACGGAUUGGUUGUAUUUUAUCUUGAUACGCUGACGUCACAUAGAAAUGACUUUGUGUUUCGACUGAAGGAUAACUUCAAAGGCGACAAACUGUCACGACAGCCUGCAUCGGUCGAUGUAUUUGACUACUAUGAUCCAGAUAAAUACUGCCGUAAGAUGUAUGGAACCGGUCCUAACAAAGGUGCUGCCGUGGACUACAAGUGUAACUCAAACAAACUAUGUAAAUGUCUCACAAGUUCCUGCUCAGUCUCAGUUGAUGCCGAAAUUUUGAAGAUGUUAAAAAGAAGACAGAAACCAGCUGUCAAAUUGAUUCAAUACACAUGUAACCCUGAUAAAGCAAACUUUGCCGAUAUAGUCAAAGUUAAGGAACUAUUGGAUGAUCCUGAUUCUAAAAAUAAAAUGGCAAUAACUGAAGUCACAACAAGUAUACAUCCAGGGCUCAGGGACCAUGUGCAAGGUGACAACCUGACGUUUUUCUGGAAAUCAAGUUGUGAUUUUCCCAAGUUACAAAAAGACAAACAAUACCUCAUUAUCGGCAAAGACGGAUUUAGAACACAAGACGCAAAUGGAAACGACACAUAUUUGUAUUCCGCCAUGGGCUCCACUCUUCUGAUCGAACCAAAAGGAAGGAUAAAAAGUAUCAUAAAAGUUUAUAAAGAAUGGAUGAAAGAGAAAGGAUGUGUACAUAAAUGAGGAUGAGUUAAGCAAAAUACGAAUUGCCUGUAUUUGUAUUUCCUCCAACCAAAUAAAAACAAAUCAAUGCGCUUAAAAAACAGCAUUUUCUUUUUCCUGUUUUUUUAAUGUGAAAUGAACAAAAUGCCUAUUUUUUCUCUGUACGAUUAAACUUAUUAAAAAGUUUUUGAAAUAAACUUUACACCUAUAAGUCAAAAGAUAUUUUGACAUUUUCAGAUGUAAUGACGUGGAAAUCUGAUAAAUUACCAUGGAUUUCUAAACUAUUAAAUGGUCAAACUGAAAACCAUUUUUGUUUCUACCAGUAGUGUACUGUGUUGUGUACUUUAUAGAAUAUAGAUUAUAUCAAUAUUUGCUUUGCAAAGAAAUCUCAAUAAAAUCGUAUUGAGAAACAUG